AUGCAUUGCGAUUGUGAUGCGAGUGGAGUAGGAGGUGCCCGAAGAGUGGAUGCCAGCACUGGGAGCACAGAGCGAGCGCUGUGUCGACCCCCACAACCAUCACGUCAGCGCCUGUGCCGGCGAAUGGCACUGCGUUUAGACCGGGAUGUAUGCGAUUGGCUGCUGGGGUCGGGAUGUGGAGCUCUGGCAAUCAAUAAUGGUUUAGUUUGGCCUCAAGUUUGCCAGUACUCUCACAAGUGCUUCUCCACGACAGACGCAUCUGUACUGUAUUUCUCAGUCCUAUUCUUAUGUGUACUGAAAAUCUCAACGCUAUUCAAGUCUAUUGAACAGCGCUUUUGUAACCAUAGUGUCUGUCAUUGUGUGACACAAACCCUUCAGUCCUUCAGACCUUCAGUGCAUUACUACAUCAAUACCAUCGAUGCAAUCAAUGCUAACUGUGGGCGAGACAGCGCUCCCUGCACUGGUGGCAGUGCAGUGUUAUCGCCGACCUAUUCAUCACCACCGAGUCCUAGUCCCACAGCCAACACGACGGCCCUAUACCACCCCACAGCGGCUGCCGCCCAGAUGGCCGGCUUAGACCGCGACUACCCCUCCCCUUACGCACCGUUCAGUCUGAUGACACCGACGGCCACCCAUCACGCCAUGGAACACGAUCUCAAAGCAUCGGCUUUUGGCCAUCACCACCACCACCAUCACCACCACACACCACAAACACCACUGUCAGUCAUGACACCCCCGACCCCCACAUCCACACCCACCUCCCAAUCGCACCAUCACUCGACUAACUCGAACUCAGGAAACAGCAAUCAUAGCAACACUGGGCCACAAAACUCACACAAUUCCGGCAACAACUCCAUCAACAAGAAAGAGAUCGAUAGAGUCAAGAGACCGAUGAAUGCAUUCAUGGUUUGGAGUCGCGGACAACGCAGAAAAAUGGCUCAGGAGAACCCAAAGAUGCAUAACUCGGAAAUAAGCAAAAGAUUGGGCGCUGAAUGGAAACUGUUGUCCGAAGUGGAGAAGAGACCCUUCAUUGAUGAGGCAAAGAGACUGAGAGCUGUGCACAUGAAGGAGCACCCGGAUUACAAAUACAGACCCCGGAGAAAGACCAAGACUUUGAUGAAGAAGGAGAAAUAUCCUUUGGCUGGAAGUUUAGGCGGUAUGUCGGCCGACCCAAGCCGAUCGUCGGCGGCCGCGGCUGCAGCGGCAGCCGUACAACAGGUCAGCCGCGAUAUGUAUCAGAUGAACGGCUAUAUGCCUAAUGGGUACCCAAGUAUGGCUAUGCACGAGGCGUACCAACAACACGCCGCCGCCAGCUAUGGUCAGGCAACUAUGGCUGCCAACAGCGGUCUCUACGGCCGGUACGACAUGUCACAGAUCCAUACGCCGAUGACCACCGGUUCGAUGGCAAUGCCAUACAUGAAUGGCUCGUCCAGCUAUUCAUCGAUGCCCGUGUCAUCCGCCUACUCGACAAUGGGUUCAUCGGCCAGUCCUAUGUCUGGGACGGGCUCUUCAAUAAAGUCCGAGUCCUCUGGCCAUAGCGGCAGUUCUCCCAACGCGAUGGCGGCCGCCGUGGCUGCGGCCGCCCGAAGAGGUCCCUGUAAUUCUGGACAUGACUUAAGGGACAUGAUUAGCAUGUAUUUACCACCGGGUGAUACCGACCCCAACGCUGUGCAAAGUCGGCUACAAAUGCAGUCGCACUACGCGUCCACAGGAGAGCCUCCGAUGCCGUUAUCACAUAUGUAGGACUUAUUGAGAUUUAGUGUAAUUUUAUUCAAUAUAUUCAACAUAUUUGCAACCAAUCAAAGACUCAAACUCUCAUCAAUUGUACAAAUUUUCCAUUUCUCAAAGACUUCAAAAGACAAUGACUUUAAUUCUGUUUGUAUUCAUUUGUAAGACAUGAGAAUCAGAUGCAACUCAUGAUACCUACAACAGACACUACUCUAACAGUAAUUCUGUACGCUUUGUGUGUAUGUUGUGCUCACAAUUGUAUUAUAAUAUAUACAUUACAUAAUAUAGACGUGCGCUUAAAACUAAAACCUAAUCACAUCUCCACAAUGUAAGUAAAUUACAAUCGGAUUCAAACUCCUAUUUUAUGACAAUAUUUAAUCGAUUAGAGAAACAGCUGCUAAAGAAAACACAAAUUUGUAUUUAAAUAGCAUUAUAUCACUUGAAGCUCAUAUACUUGUGACUUCUGGGGCUCAAUAAUUACCUGAAAUCAGCAAAAAAGCAAAUUUGUAGAUAAAAAAACAAAUCAAUUCAAGUAAUCUCUCAAUUAUUCCGACUUAUAAUACAAUAUAUAUUUUUUCCUGAACUCAGUUUUUAAGCUAAAUCUAAGAAACAAUUAAACCGAACGUUUGUUUUAUAAUUGAUAUGAGAUAUAAAACAUUAGAUUUUUUCAUUUCAAAUCAAGAGUGUGUGGAAAGGCUAUGAAAAGCAAUUUCCUUAUUAAUUUGCGCCACUUUUGCCUCGAUUACAGCGAUUAGUGUGAGAGCUCUGUCAGGUCUGUGAGGCCCGUCAACUCUGCCAACUCUGUCAGGUCUGUCAGUAUUAGUACGAGAACUACAUGCAAGACAUACAAGACAUACAUAUAUGUAUUGGUUUUGAGAAUUGCAUGGCGUGUCGACCCACUAGACCUACAAGAGCUCAAACAUAAGACAAUUACAGUGAUUAGGCCAUACGCUUGACUUGUUUUUGUUAAACACUCUGAUUCUGCCUCAGCCUUUCAAACACAGGGUCUCAUAAUUAUGUAAUAAAAACAUUCAAUUGUAAUAUGAAUUAUGAUUAGACAAACACCACAAACACCCCGAACAUAACAUUACAUUAUGCGAAAUGUGUGUAAAAAGUGAAAACAUUAUAACCAAAGCUGCGAAUAAAUUAUUGUUAUAAUACCUCAAAAAGUAUUAAUUCAAACAACUUUCAAACAAAACAAAAAAUCCAAACAAUUUUCAUUACCAACG